AUGAAUUCUUCGGGUUUGGGUUUGGGAGAGUCAGGCAAGCUGCAUAAUUUUAGCGCCGCGAGAAAGGCUUCAGUUCACACCAACGCCCACGCUCGCACCGACACAGACCCUAAUUCAACACCACCCCAACCUCGACCAUCCCCGACCACCCGUCCUCGACAGCGACGAGACCCGUAUUCUACCCCUGGGAUCUCUUCAUCCGCCUUGACCACCACUAACCCACGCAUCCCACCCCCCAGCUCCCAACCGUUCUAUCCAUCCCCCUCGCUGGGCGAACUCUCCAGCCCAAAUCCCGACGUGAGAGUGACGAGCCCGACGCGCCGGAGCUGGAGCUUGCGCAACUCCCUCGGCGGCGGCGGCGAGACCGCGACUUUCACGUCCCCCUUCCGCAGCAGAUCCGGCACGGGAGAAAGCAGCAUCUCGCGAGGACGGCCGCGCCAAUCCAGCGCUGCCCGGUUGUGGAAUCCAAGUAACUCGACGCCGCGGGGACCGCCUUCGCAGAAGAGGCGCGAGAGGACUCGUGAGCCUAGCGCCGAGGAUAAGGUCAUUGCCGUCGUCCCUUUGAAGCACCCGGAUCUCGCCUCUCCGCGAAGGGACUCUGCUAUUGGGGGAGAACACCCGCUGCUGACGCUGCCGGAACAGAGACAGCAGAGGCACUCGGGGUCUACGAAAGCGAGUCUGCAGAUUGAGAGGAGCUCGGGUGGAAGCCAUCGUGUCUCGUUACCGAGGAGUCUGAGUAUUGAGUUUGCGAGGAGGAAGAGUAGUGAGGGGUCUGUGAGGCUGGAUAAAGGGAAGGGCAAAGCGAUCGAGGAAGAGAGAGAGGAUACGCUUAGGCAAUUGGAGAGGUCUACCACAGGAGAUCAAAACCGAGGGCAAACUGCUGCGAGUAUUGCAUCCCCGCAAGGCCCAGGAAUCUCUUUCGACAAGGACAGAAGUAAGACAGAUAUGUUGGGGGAUAUUGAACACGGGCCAGAUGCCCUCGGGGUAUACGAGUCUGGAGGAACCUCAAAUAUGCCCGACAAUGACCCGCGCAGCUCUUUUCAAUCUGGAAUGGGACCUACGAUGUCCGACAGUACAUCGAUCAUAGGAUCAGAUGGACCCCCUAUGAACGCAGGAGAGGAAUGGGGCCCUCAACACCCCUGCUUCCCACACGUAAACCCUCACGUCCCGCUCUCAUCACCCCUAUACCAAAGUACACGUAUCAUCCGCAUCCGCCGCGACUGGAUGCUCGAAGGCGACCUUGCACCGACCUUUUCCAAUCUCUACCCUGAGAUUCUCGACCCAGCGGGCGUCUCCGAGCAGGAAUUCCGCCAAUUAGUCGAAAGAGUAAAUAAGGAAUUGAUCUCCGCCUUUAGUCCCUGGAGCUUGCGGAAUAUCGUGGACGGCCUGCUAGGCUUGAUAACAGGCUGGGUGUGGGACGAUAUGGGGUAUACCGGGGUCAAGAUGAGGCUCAACAAGGUAGAGCAGUAUCUGGAGGAGUGGAAUCAAGAGAUGGAGGGAAGGAGUAAGGAGAGCCUAGGAAUUGCACCGAGGGUCGUGCCCUUGAGGCGGACGGGAUAUAUGAAUCUCGACAUCCAAGUCCCAGACCCGGAGAUCUCCUACCCGGCUUCUACCGGCGGCGAGCGCACCGCUACCAACAUGUCGCAGAACUCGUAG